AUGAACGGUGUAGAGCACGGGGAGAGUCGCAUAGUCAGCACCGGUGAAGUGCAGAUCUGGUUGACGCAGUUCACUGAUUUGGAGAGAGGGGGGAUGGGUCAGUUAAGCAGUUACGCAUGGCUUAGCUCCCAGCACCUGUUCCUGUUCCUGUUAGCUCCUGUUCCUGUUCCUGUUCCACCUGUUCUGUUCCCACCCCCCACCCCUGUUCCUGUUCCUGUUCCCAGUCUCACCCCUGUUCCCACCCCCAGCCCUGUCUCACCACCCUGUUCCCAGCCCACUCCCUGUCUCACCCCAGCCCACUCCUGUUCCCAGCUCUGCCCACCCCACCCCAGCCCCAGCCUCACCCCCACCCAGCCCCUGUUCCUGUUCCUCCUCACCAGCCCCCCCCACCUGUUCCCCAGCCCACCUGUUCCUGUUCCCCACCCCCAGCCUGCCUGUUCCCACCCCACCCACCACCUGUUCCCACCCAGCCCACCCACCCCAGCUCCACCCCUGUUCUGUUCCACCCCUGUUCCCCUGUUCCUGUUCACCCCACCUCCCACCUGUUCCUGUUCCACCACCCCCACCCACCUGUUCCCAGCUCCUGUUCCACCCACCUCACCCACUGUCUGUUCCCACCACCCCUGUUCACCCUGUUCCACCCCACCUGUUCCACCUGUUCCCAGCCCUGUUCCCACCCUGUUCCUGUUCAGCUCCCAGUUCCCACCCCUGUUCACCCCUGUUCCCACCCCAGCCCUGUCUCACCAGCCUCCUGUUCCACCUCACCCCCAGCUCCAGCCCCCCAGCCCCACCCCAGCUUCAGCUCCCACCUCAGCUUAG